AUGCCGGGGUUUUACAGGCUAAACCGAGGUAUUUUAAUUCAUGGCCCCAAAGGCACAGGGAAGAGUUCCUUGCUACGCCAAAUUGAAUUAGCCGGCUGGCGCAAGACAUUUCUCAUAGGGUCAAAUUUGCGUUCAGGCGAUGGCGAGGCAAGAUUGCGCAAAAUUUUCAAAGACGCCUCUCAGGCAGGGCCCAGUGUAAUCCUUAUCGACCAGAUUGAUUUUAUCGCACCUAAACGAACGACUCUAGAAUCCUCCUCCUUAGCGCAUGCCUUAUGUGAGAGCAUUGACGCGUUGGGUGAGGCCAAAGUGCUUGUCGUAGCAGCAACACGCCAUCCAAACGAUGUCGACGACUCCCUUAGGACACCGCAUCGCCUCUCGGUUGAAAUCGAGGUAUCAAUACCGACAGCAGCCGCUAGGAAGGAAAUCUUAUGUGCAAUACGCGAAAAUUCUCCAGAGCCCAGUGAUUACAUUAUAGACUUCAUGGCAGAAAAAACACACGGAUAUGUUGGAGCCGACUUGUUUGCUCUCCUACAGAUGACAUGCCGCAAAGCGCGGGAUCGAUUAAUGCCCGGCAUUAGCUCGGAGGAUAAUCAUGCCCCUGACACGGAGAAUUUUGCGAGCGAUGGCUCUACAUGGUUAGUCAUAAACGAGGACGAUGUUAUUGCAGCUAUGCAAGAAGUACGUCCUACUGCGAUGCGAGAGGUUUUCCUGGAAACCCCGAAAGUAAGAUGGUCAGAUAUCGGAGGGCAGCAUGUUCUCAAGAAACAUCUACAGAAAAUGGUUGAGCGGCCGUUAAAGUUUCCUGAAAGAAUGCGCAGACUCAAUGUGAAAAGCCGGAAAGGUAUCUUGCUUUAUGGCCCCCCCGGUUGCUCAAAGACGCUCAUCGUGAAAGCUCUGGCUACGGAGGCUGGGCUUAAUUUCCUGGCCGUCAAAGGAGCCGAGAUUCUAAGCAUGUAUGUUGGAGAGUCAGAGCGUACUCUUCGAGAGAUUUUCCAAAAAGCUCGUGCGGCUAGGCCUAGCAUUCUGUUUUUCGAUGAGAUUGAUGCUAUUGCAGCAAAGCGUAGCAGCGCGAGUGGCGGCGUAAACGUCCUCACAACGCUUUUAAAUGAGAUGGAUGGUAUCGAGGAACUUAAGAAUGUGCUUGUCGUGGCAGCAACUAAUAAGCCCGGUGUGCUGGACCCAGCUUUAAUGCGACCUGGUCGUUUGGACAAUCUUGUCUACGUUGGACCGCCUGAUUAUGAUUCUCGGAAAGAGAUUUUUUCGAUAUGGUUAAGCAGAUCAAUCGUCAGUCUCGAUGUGAGUGUUGAUGAGCUUGCAGCAAAGACCGACGGAUAUUCUGGCGCAGAAAUCAUCAGUUUAUGCGAGACUGCUGGAGAGGCAGCACUGGAUGAGGAGGAUGAAAAGAAUGAGCCACAAGAAGUUAGGCAGGAUCACUUCGAGGCUGCUUUCUCUCGAGUCAAGCGCCAAUUGACGUAUGAUAUUAUCACGGAGUAUGAGCAGUGGGCUGAAAAAUCGGCAUUCUAG